GCGUGCAGUUGAGUGCAGUUGAGAUUCGCAUUUCAUUUUAAAAUCAGAGUGCUAUCAAAAUGAAAUGUGUUACGUUUAUAUAUAUUCUAUUUAUAAGCCUAACACUGAUCAUAGCUAAAGCAGAGUUUAACGAAAAUGAGUCUUGCUCGGCAACCAGAAUAGCAGAGGAGGAAUGUGGAAAGUACACCUAUAAGGCAGUGAGACCAUUAUUAAAGUAUAUACAUCAGAUGAAGGAGGCAAUUGAAAACCAUAACAAUAGAAUUGAAGGCAAAGAUAAAGAAAUCAAGCAACUGCAGGAAAAGCUGAACCAACAUAAUCAAUUUAUCAUCGAGGCACUUAAAGAGCUGACGAAGAACGUUUUAUCAAUAAAAGAGGAAAUAGGUAAACUCAAUUCCAAUGCCUUGAAAAUCCAGGACUACGAGGAGCAGCUGGAGAAACAAAGGAAGCUAAUUGAUCAAAAGGACCAACAAAUAUCCGAAAUCAAAAACGAAGUCAACAUUUGUGCCAGGAAACUAAAAAGCUUCGAAGAGAAGCCCGUUUACAGUGAAUGCACCGUCUUUGCUGAUGCUUCGGGUAUUCAUGUGAUUAACCCGGAUCAAGAAGAUCCGUUCAAUGUACUUUAUGAUAAUACGACAGCAGGUCCUGGCUGGACGGUUAUCCAACAGCGAAUCAAUGGCAAAGAGAACUUCUAUAGGGAUUGGGCCACAUACCGUGCCGGCUUUGGAAGCUUGGAAGGCGACUUCUUCUUAGGGCUUGAUAAAAUUCAUCGCGUGACUAGCGCCCAACCCCAUGAGCUCUACAUACAUAUGGAAGGAUUCGAUGGUAUCAUCAAAUACUACAGAUAUGAAGAAUAUGCUAUCGCUGGCGAGGACGAUCAAUACAGACUGAACAUCUCUGGUAAGGCUGUGGGCAAUGCAAGAGGUGAUGAGUUGAGUUACCACAACAAUCAGAAAUUCAGCACAUACGAUCGUGAUAAUGAUAAUUGGAAUAGUGGCAACUGCGCAAGUAAAGAUAAAUAUGCUGGUGGCUGGUGGUACAAACACUGUGUAGGAAGCAAUUUAAAUGGCAAGUACUAUAAUUUUAUGGUUGACAAAUAUGAUGCCAUAUAUUGGGAUGGCUACGUCUCGUUGAAAACAGUCAAAAUGCUUAUACGACCCAAGAGCUAUUGA